AUUUUGCUUUUACUUACAGACAGAAAAUUAAUUAGAACUCAAAAUAUAUUAGAAUAUGAUAACGAAACCAUCAAAGAAGAAAGCAACGUCUCUAACCAACCAACUACUGAUGAGAAAUCAACAUUACAUGUAACUACUAUCAAAAAGCUGAAACUAAAGUUUGAUCAAAUACAGUCCAUUGAUGACUCAAUGCGUGGAUUGUUUGAAAAUUUCUGUUAUAUAGAAGAACUCGUUCUUACUACUAAGUAUGAUUGUCCUCUUUCAUUAAUGGGAAUUCCUUCAACAAUCCGUAAACUUGUAGUAAAUUGCAACCACAGUAAGAUUGAUGACGAAGAUAUAACCAAGUUUCUUACUAAUACUGGGACUGUUUUAAAAUCAUUGGAGCUUAAUGGAGGUUUCCCUCAUAUAUUUGGAUCUUUCUUACAAUAUCUGCCACAAAGUCUUGAAUGUGUACAGAUAUUUGGGGCACAAAAUUUUGGUGUUUUGGAGUUAACCUUUAAUAACUCAUUAAAAACACUCCGAUACGAUGCUGAAGUAGUGUUCACAAGGACAGAUGAUUCCUUUAGACGCUAUUUUCCAAAUACUAGAUUGAUGAUAAAUAGUACAACACCUCUAAUGACAGAAGUGCAACCAGAACAAUUAUUAGCAAAAGCAGAUGAGCAAAGCAUUAGAAAUUGGAAAUUAUAUUCAGAACUUCCUCUUGACCUUUUAAAUGCACCAUUCACCCAUAAAGGUGAAGAAAUUACUGUUUGCUUUCAACCUAUUGAUGGGAAAAGUAAGGUAUUACUAAAGGUUUCUGAUAAGAAAUGGAUCUACACCUCAAACAACAGCAUUCCAUCCUCAGAAACAAGUAUUCAAAGUUCAAAAGAAAACAAAGAAGAGAAGAAAGGAAGUGCAUCUUCUGAUACUUCCAAUGGCAUGGAUUUAUCAAUGAAUACGCAACAAGAAACAGUAAGCAACAAAACCAAAAAGCAGAAUUUACUGAAAAAAUAUGAAGGAUACAAAGGAAAAUUAUCAGAACUGCACACUCAUCUAAUGGGAAUGGGAAAUGCACAUUUUUGGAUUGAGUUUGUAAUGAAAAAGAUGAUUCCUGAACUAGUAGCGUCCAAUCCAAAAGUACCAAAGAAAAUUGAUCCUACAGAAUGCAACAAUAUUGAUGAUCUAAACUUGGAAUCUAUCUGGACUCUCCAUAAUUCAAUACCAACAACAGAUGUUGUUUAUGGAGUUGAAGAACUCUUUAUAGCCUUCCAAUUAAAUGACCCCAGAUCAAAGGAAGAAAAGGAAGCACAUUUGAGCAGUAUAAUAGGAGGAGAAGAUCCACACCAUUACAUAGUAUACAAUGUAAGAGAAGGCAAAAAUGUAGAUAUAUAUGGAUACACAAACUCACAAAUAAUUAACAAUUUAGACAACAAUCCAUUACUCAAAGCCAAAUUAAUUAAAUCCUUUGAAAUGAAAUAUCCGGGAGAUUAUAAUGGGAUGUUCUCUCCAAACUUUUACCCACAAAGAUUCAGUAUGAAGGACUGUAUCUAUUUCAUGUACCCAAAAGUUAUUUCUGCCUUACUCUUACACACUAUUUUCAAUUAUUGUGAAGAGGGAGUUUCCUAUGUCGAAUACAGUGUAAGCUGA